AUGGAAUAUAUAUCAGAAAAUUUUGAUCAAGCUACAUUUGAAAGUUUACUUCAUGAUCCUCAACAUGAAGAAAUAAAAGAAAAUCUCAACUUAGAUGAUAAUCAAAUAGAUUUGAUCUUGACAAUAUUUGACAAAAUCUGUUCGAAAUAUGGCUUUCCAAAUAAAACUAUUUUGGCUCAGUAUCUGUUGAUUGUAUCAAUACGCAAUCAACGAGAACAUGAUAGGAUGGAUUCUUAUAUAAAAUUAAGUCCUGAUGAUCAACGUUCAUUUGAAAAAUACUGUGAAAAAAAUUAUUUUAUUGACCAUUACCAACGUAAAGAUCAUAUUCUACUUGAAAGUUUAUUUACAUUUCCAACAGAACCAAUAACUUGA